CAGCAGGCGGCUUUGGGUUCAGCUAAGGUAACGCGGACAGACACUUACUAUCUCCAUGUUUAAUUAUGUUACCAGUGGGCUGCUUCUUGUUCCUUCACACGGAAUCUAAUGACAUAACGUGUCGAUAUUGAUUAUGCCUCCCCCCACACUCUUUAACAUUUCGUCGUCACGUCCAACGGCGACGUCAAGCUAGCCAGCAUUAGCCACCGGGAUUUCAAAACAAAAGCGUAAACGUCGGAUAAACGUCUAGAUAACAGUUGCAACAUGGCCCUGCUUGUUAACGUUAGUGUCGCUCGGCGCCCUAAAACCGGAUACAUCGGGGAAAACGACCUUUAAUUGGAAAUAAUUGGCUGUUGCACAUUUGGAGGGUCCAGUAUGCCAAAGGAGCAGCCUUGCCUGAACGAGCACAGUCCUGAUGCUGCGUCUAACAAGAAUGCUAAAGAUAAGAGCAACAGUACGACUCUGCAGGCAAUGCGUGAUACUAAGGACGCAGACAACUCCGGUGGAAGGCGCUCCCACUGCAGCUCAGAAAAAGACUCUGGCUACUCUGAUGGCUCAGACUGGCAGCAGACAGAUGUAGAGGACCAGCGUAGCAACAAAACCCGGUCCAAAGGCGGGGAGUGUGUAGAAACUUCACAGCCAAGCCAAAGCCAAGGACUUGGGCAAGGAAACCCUGGGAAUCCUGCCCUGAUGCCAGCAGGCCGCCAGCUCCCACCCAUCUACAUAAUAAAGAACAUGGUGCUGAAGCAGCCGGACACGAUCCAGAAAAGAGGUCAGCUGCUCUGGAGAAAUACAUGCAGGGAAACUGGCACUCCUGCUCCCCAUAUGAUUCUUUUCCAGCAGCCUAGCUUGUUGCCGUCCCCCCUGCAGCUCCACAAGCCCCGGAAGUCCAACAUCACAGGGAGGAAAAUAAAUGGCACAUACCUACCUAUUUUCAACUCCUACCCCCGCAUUGCACCACACCCCAGCAAGAAGCCACCUGAUAAAUCUUCAUCAAACGAUGAAUCCCAGAAUCUGAGCAAGAGGGUGUGCACAGAACACAAGAGUGACAACACACCUGUGACCAGGAGUCUACCUGAGCAGCACAUUUACAAGCAACCCAAAUUAGCGGCCUCAGCCACUGCAUGUUCCUCUGCAACCAGAGAUAAUCUGUCCCUGUCCAGUUCCACUACUGCAUCUGCGAGUCAGGGCUCCUCAUCUGUGUCCAGCGUGCACACCACCACCUCCUUCCUCUCAACCAGAGGACUUAACAGAAACGUCACCAUCAGUGCUCGCCACCGCCGUUUCCUCAACACAGUACAGAUCCUCAGACAGUCAGGUUUGUUGGACAUUACACUGCGCACCAAAGAGCUGCUGCGCCAGAGCAACGCCACCGAGCGGGACAUUGCCCAGCUUCGCCAGCACACAGAGCUACUGUGCCAGGCUGCCAGCAACCCCAGCUGCAGCCUGAAUGGCAUUGCAGCCUGGGAACAUCUACACAGAGCCAUGGCUGAGUCCAGCAGCUACCCCAACCUCAAACUCCUGCAGCAUUUACAAAUCCCGUCUCAUUCAGAUUUUGCUGGUCAACCAGAGAGUAUUGCCACAGGUGACACCGUCGGCCCGCUAGCUGCUGAGAGCUCAGAUGUGCCACCAUCCUGCCGUCUCACCACCUCACUGGACCCAAAUGAGAACUGUCCUGUAUCACAGCAGCCUCAGUCAGAACAAAGCAGGGAGCUAGAGGCCAGUGAAAAAACCUCAGACAAAGCCACCUUUAUGCCUCCUGACAGCUCUACUGGUUAGCACAAUCUGCAGUGCCUUCAGAGGGAGAGCGAGUACUCAGGGCCAGCCAGUGGAGAACCAGCAGUUGUGUUUGGAUAUUAUGUGUGUUUUUAAUGGUUCAUCCCUGGUGUUUUAAACCUAGUUUUAUAGGGGUUGCACAAAAUAUCUCUGCAGGUCAAUGGAAAUCCAAGGAUGAAUCAGUUUUAGUACUUACUGUACAUGUUGCAGUUUUAUCUCCAGUUGCUGAAUUCACGUCACUAGAGUUCAGCAUUUGACAUCUUAAAGCUGAUCCCGUAAUUAAUGGACUUGAGUGCAGGUCAGUCCCAAGGCACCAUUUUGUAUCACCACUGCAGACUAUAGAGAAUCACACAGGAGGAUAAGGUCUCUGCUUGUGAGCCACUUAAAGGAUUAUGUGAAAAUAAAAUGUUUCCCCAAGAGGAAGAGGACAGGUGGUACUUGAUGCAAUUAUGACAAUUUAAGUAUGUGCUAUCAGUUCAUUUGGUCAUUUUGCUGUCACACCAGACAAACUUUAUUCAGGGAAAAGUCUAUCUCCUGGUAGAUUAAUGCUGAAAAAAUCGUUUCUUAUAGCUUGUUUCACCUGAGAGAAAGAGAGAGAGAGUCAUCACUUGUCAAGAUCAGUGCCUGCAAACAAAAUAGCUUAAAAGAAAGGCUCUCAAACAAUGGCACUUUAAGGAAACCUGCAGCACUCAAGGCACAAAUGGGAGCUUAAUGUUGUGGUGAAAAUCCUUCUGUAACAUCAGAGACUGCACUACACUGGACUGCUGCAAGGACCUGUUCUUAAAUGCUUUUCAACAAAGCCUUAAAAACACUUUUUCACUCGAUAUCUCUUGCUUUACCAAGGCACAUCAUCAUCAUCACAACUUAUUAUACUCGUUUAUACCUACUCAGUGAAGUCUGUAUUUAUUUUAUAUACUGUAAACAGCAUGUCUUGUGAUGACGGAAGCAUUUCAACCACAGGCUGUAUGAAUUCAUCACAGCAUCUCCAAGAUAAUGAGAGACACCAUUUCUCCUCAUUCAACAGCGCUGUUGUCCAUUUUCACUCUGAUAAGAUUCUUUUUGUUUGCACCAAGCCACUAAUUGUUGGUGUUAUGUGGUCAUCUGUUUGGUUCAUAGAUGGAGCACAGUUUGUACUGUGAGCUUGAGAGAGUUUGACUGCGUUUAUGUAUAAAAGUAUGUUGAUUUAAGUGAUUUUAUGCAUGUGGUAAGUGUAAGAUUUUCUUCUUUUUGUGCUUGUGCAUAUGACAGAUAGCACUGCCAGCAACACACAUAUUUCUGAACGUUUAAGUGGUUUAUACAGUGUAUUUUUCAUAAUUUUAAGGUAUUUAAAUAAAGUGAUAUAUGAACAUGGGAA